AUGGACGAUAUCCCGACCAUGUUCUCUGCCACCAAGAUUCUUGGUAAGAGUGACCGGCAUCUGGAAAAGAAUCAAGCGACCACGAUCCCCUUUGGUCCAACAGACGUGUCUGACUGGGGGAUCGGAGGUCACAAGAGUCGACACACAGCGGUUUCCAGUCCAGAGGAUGGCACCGAUCCACUGACGAAGUCUGGAACCGUUGGCUUUUACUCGGGUAUCAACAUGUGGGGUGACGAUCUCUGGCCAGAAGGCCAACAGGCUUUUGGCUUCGUUAUGCACAUGACCGAUAUGAAUACAGCACAAGUUGUCUACAGACCAGUGGGGAAUGAGCCCGACUACCGAGCGUAUCAAGUGGACGGCACUCGGGACAAUAUUCCGGGUGGUAGUCAGACUGAGUAUUCCACCUGGACGCUUGGCAACGAUCCACUCAGGCUUCUGUCCCAGAACAACAACAUGACGAAACUGAACCCGGCUACAGAUGAUUGGAAAAGGGAGAAUCGCAAAGUCCAACCCCACGCACACCCAGUUGUGUGGAACAGAGAUGCGUUCGACGCCACGUUCAGAUCGGAAUAUGCAGCGGCACUUAGAAAAAAUGAAAAGCUCGGCUCCUAUGAGCAGCAGAAUGUGGUGAUUGAUCACUCAACAAUUGUUCCCGAGAAAAAGACUGGGCGACAAGACUCCCUUUCACCUCUGUCUUCUACCGCUCAGAAUACCCUGAUCCCUGUAACUGGCAACAAUUUACACGGUUCUGGCCGAGAAGUUGCCAGCUUGUAUGAAAGCGUUGCAUCCCAUAGUUGA